UGCAGAGGAAAAGUUCGUCUAAUAUCGAAAAAUUAUUGAGAAAGGAGAAAAGGGGGGAAAGCGGUCUUGUUAGCGUCAAAAAUACACGUUUAAAAAAACACGUACCAACUGAUAAGAGAGGAAGAUUAAAGUACAGCUGUCCAACUAUUUAACAGGCCAAAGCACUGGUUCCCUAACCACCUUGAAAUUGAUUACAGUUAUCAGUCUGAAGUGGACUGCAUCAAGCGUGUGGACAGUUUCUGAGACGCCGCCACCAUUAAGCGACUAAGCCUAAAAAGGAGGCCCAGGGUGGCCGGCAGUAAUGUGGACAAAACGCAGAGUGGCAUUUCAUCUAGUCAGUGGUAUUCUGCAGAGUCCUUGUCAUCAUCUAGUGGUGAUGAUUCAAAACUACUGGGCAUGUCCUCUGCAGCUCGAGGUAGACCACCUCUUCCUCCACCACAUGGUUCCUUGUUGGAUAAUAAUAAUAAAAGAAAUGAAAGUCUGGGAACCUCUCAGAUACUAACUGAGCCAAAGCCUCAGCCAGCUGCACGAUCUCUCUUCCAAAGUCAAAGCCCUGUGAUGGAGAGGGCCUUUCUGGAGACCCACAAACCCUUGAAUCAGGAGGUGACAAGACUUUCUCCACCCCAGCCCUAUCCCCGUCGACGACUGGCCAGCUUCGGAGGUGUGAGCUCCCCUGGGUCACUCUCACCUUUCACUGGCCUAGGUGCAUAUAAUCAGAACAAUAAUGGCAAUAAGCCUACUGGCACUGGACCCGAGGUCCAACUCGGCUCAUCCCUGGGCAGUAGAGGCAGCACAGGAUGUCUGAGAGUAAGUCCACAGAGCUCAGGUAGAACAACUCCAGUCCCCAUGCACCUGCAACAUGUCCGUGACCAAAUGGUGGUUGCGCUACAAAGACUGAAAGAGUUAGAGGAGCAAGUGAAAAUCAUCCCAAUCCUCCAGGUAAAGAUCUCAGUCCUUCAGGAGGAAAAGAGGCAACUAAGCUGUCAGCUCAAGGACUUGAUUGAGAGAGAGAACGUCAGUGAUAUAACCUGGAACAGCCCGUAUACCAUUGAAGGGUCUGAAAUUGAGAUCAACAGAAAUACCAAAAAAGAUCUUGAAGUUAAAAGUAGCUGCACAGAUCUGAAGGAGGUUGGGCGAUUGACCAAAGACAUGCAAGAACCGGAAAGGUCCAUCAAAGUGGAACAGUUGGGAACAUUGCAUGAAAAAUGUAACCCUCUUCAUGACAAAACAUUUAAGUCAGUCGCUGUGGGAACUGACAACGAUAUGGAUAUCAUCUUGUCUAAGCCACCAAAAGAAAACAAAUAUGCAUACACUGAGCAGGUAGAGAUGAGGUCCAUUGCAACAGAAGUAUCUGAAGUCAGUCUGGGAAUUUACACAGAACAGGAGGCAGAGCGUGAUGCCCAAGAAUUAAUAAACAGUGCCUUAAAGGAGAGAAUUUGUCACUUAGAAAUAGAGUUGAAAGAAUCCGCUCUGGAGACGGAGUUGAUUCGUCUGAAACUGGAACUUCAGGCUGCAGGAGCCAGGAACCGGGUUGACAAGGCCUGCUGUGCCAGACCGUCCACUGUAAGCAUAGGCUCAGAUGCAAGGCCACACACCAAAAGCCAGGGAGUGGGUAAUCACACAGAGCUCAGAGAUGCUUCCACAGGCGAGGAAAAGGAGGUAAAAACUGUAGGAGUAUCCUGUGCACCUAUGAUGAGGAGUAUUUACACAGGACUGGAUGUACCCAUGAGCCUCUGGGAGGUCAGGGAGCGAGUGGAGACCAGCGACAAGGCUGUGGAAAUGCACGUUUUUACAAACACACAAGGAGUUGGGACAGAGAUAAGGGUAUGUGAUGCAGAAAGCAACACAGAGGCGCCACUGGCAAAUCUGAGGUCCAAGAAAGAGUAUUGUUCAGUGGCUUGUGGGGAUUGUUCUGUCGAUGUGACCAUUUGCGAGGCAAAGGAAGCAGUUUCACAGUGUAUGACUACAGAUCGAGUCAGAGGAGUUGAGCUCGGAAUCAUGGUAUCACCCCAAACAGCAUCGCAGCGUACCAACACUGUAUGUAGUUCAGUGUCUCGCUUUACCAACACCAAGCACGCCUUCAGCACUGACUCCAGCACGAAUACGCUCCUCAGCACCCAAGACAAGCACACCAACACCACUCACACUUCAACUAGGACAGUAUCUGUAGGCAAUAGGGUCCGAGACGUCAGAUGCACCACAGAGACCCGAACAAUCGGUGUAGGAACUGCAAAUGCAGUAGAAAGUAUUUCAAAGCAAACGCCAGAAGCGGUCACCAGGGUAACUCGAGACACUGGAGUUGGAUUCACAGACAUUAAUGAGAAUUUUCUAGUUGGACUGAAAACUCGAAAUAUGGCAUCCGGACCGUCCCAUCUACCUGACCCUGUCAAAACAAAGAGUGUUGGUGUAGGGGAAGGGCGGAUAAGGGAUUUUUCAGUUUCAUCCAGGACACCUGGACAGAAUUUCCAGAAACCUGCACAGUUACAGUGGGACCAUGAGCUGAACCAUUACAUCGAGAAGUUGCAGAGGCUCCUCAGCAUGGAGCAUGGGGACCUGCUCACAGAGGACUGUCCUGAUCAUAACAGUGGCCAAGGAGAUCCCAGCUCCUGCAAUAGAAAACCUAUGGCACAAGGAGGGACAGACAUCCACAUGUUCAGUUCUCAACCAGCAGCAAACAAAGACUCUCAGUCCCAGUCUCAACUUUCACUUGUCUCCUCUAAGUGUGACAAAGCAAAUGCAGGACUGUGUCAACAGAGCAGUAAUGAUUCAGAGGUGAAAAGAAUGAUUAAAAUGAUAGAACAGCAGACAUCCUCUGGUUUACAAGACAAGUCAGAUAAUGCUGGUAAGCCAAGGAAUGUAAUAAAGAAACAGAAUGGUAACCAGUGCUGUAGUAGCAACAGGCAGAGCAUGAAGUUUCUGGGUGUGGCUACAGGGCUGGACCCAGUGUCGAAUUAUGAGCAUGAUGAUGUGGACAGAAAGAUAAAAAGAACAUUUAGGGAAUCUCCUCAAGAUGUUGCCCAAUCACGAAAGGAAAAAGACAACAAGGGAUCAAAAGGAGCUGCGAGAGUGUAUACACAGCAGAGGCGUAGGAUGAGCGAACGGAUGUUUUUUGCUUGUCAAGCCUUAAAGACGAACCUGAGUGAUGACACAGCUUUAUCCAACAGGGAAAUGCAGGACUGUCUGCACACACUCCAGCAAGAGUGGUUCUCUGUGUCCAGCCACAAGUCAGCAUCUCCUGAAACUGUAGAGGACUACUUAUCUACGUUUCAGGCCAUUUCACCUUCAGUAUUGCAGUACAUAGUUAAUAUGGCUGACGGCAAUGGAAACACAGCUCUACACUACAGCGUUUCUCACUCGAACUUUGGCAUUGUGAAGAAAUUGCUUAAUCCAGAGGUGUGCAACGUGAAUCAGCAGAAUUCAGCAGGUUACACGCCCAUCAUGCUGGCUGCACUUGCUGCUGUGGAUAAUCCAGACAACAUGAAAGUAGUCGAGCAGCUCUUCACUAAAGGAGAUGUCAACGCCAAGGCCAGCCAGGCCGGUCAGACGGCUCUGAUGCUCGCUGUGAGCCAUGGCAGGAUGGACAUGGUGCAGGCACUCCUGGCACAAGGGGCGGAGGUCAAUCUCCAGGAUGAUGAGGGCUCCACAGCGCUGAUGUGUGCAAGCGAGCAUGGCCACGCUGACAUUGUUAAACUACUGCUGGCACAGCCGGAGUGCGAUGCCACCCUGACUGACAGUGAUGAAAGCACAGCCAUGUCCAUCGCAUUAGAGGCAGGACACAAUGACAUUGCAGUGCUUCUUUAUGCUCAUGCCAACUUCUCCAAAGGACACGCAGGGGCAACUGGUCGUCACAGUGGCAGGUCUCUUUCUUCUUCCAGUGAUAGACACGUCUUUGAAUGAUGGGAUCCCCCCCAAACUCUGAUUUGAUGCUACAUGAAACUUAUUUUCAGAUGAUUCAAUAUCAAAGCCCACAUUGUGUAUAACUUUGUCAGUUUCAAUCUUGUCAAGAGAAUUCAGUUGAAUAUUUAUCUGUCAUAAUUCAGCAGUUGACAAAAUGCUUUUCAUUAUCUAGUAGCACGGUAUGCAUACAUGUGUAUAUGAUAAGACUGGUCAUUUCAUAUUUCAUACAAAGAAAUGUGUAUUACAGUAAAUUUAAUAUAGUGCAUGUGUGUAUAUUUAAGGAGAGCAUGCAAAAUUAUCCAAAGUCCCCAAGUUAAGAUGCACUUCAGCUGGGAUGCUGUGUUAAAUGGAAAUAAAAGUA